CCUUACUUUACACAAUACAUUACAAAUAGUUCUAUGACUAAAUUGUGUGUUUUAUGCUUUGCUCAAUAAGGGGUUAAGGUCUGGUGAUUAACUUGGUCACCAUCAGACCUUCCACACUUUACUCUUAAUGAAGGCCUUUGUUGUAUGGACAGUGUGUUUUCAUCAUCUUAUUGCAUGAUGAAGCUUCUCCUGACUAGUUUAGAUUAUUUUUUUUCUGUAAAGUGCCAGACAAAAUGGUUUUGCAGACGUCAGAAUUCAUUCUACUGCGACUAUCAUGAGCUACAUCAUCAAUAAAGACAUCAAAAGAAGAAAAAAUAUACAUAGCCAAACCACAAGAUGCAAAACACUCAUCAGCAAAAAGAAUCGGAAAGCCACAUCGGAUUUUGCAAAUAAGUACAGAGAACAGCCACAAAACUUUUGGAACAAAGAAUUAUGGACUGAUGAGUCCAAGAUUAACCCUUACCAAUGUGAAGGAAAGGCCAAAUUAUGGAGGGAAAAAAAGGAGCUGCUUAUGAUCCAAAAUCACAAACUCAUCUGUGAAGCAUGGUGAUGGUCAUGUCACGGCUUGGACUUGCACGGCUUGGAACGGGCUCACUCGACCAUAUUAAUUAAUAUAACCCAUGAUGUUAGCAGCAGAAUGAAUGCAUCCAAAUUAAUUGAAAGAAGCUUCAUCAUACAACAAGAUCAUGACCCAAUUCUCACUGCCAACAAAACAAAGGACUUCAUCAGCAGGGAAAAGUAGGUCUUCGAUUGGCCAAAACAAUUUAGCAUUGGGCCCGGUAAAACAACCCCCCCUCAAACAAACGUGGUUGUAAUAAAAUCUUCCAUAAAGCACUAAAUUCGCAGUAAUUGUUUUGAGCUACUGAACAUGCCACCUCUAUCAUUCAUGCAAGUGUAGACAUUUACUGGGAUGACAUCAUUUCUUUAUAGCUCCAGGGGGCUGGUAAUCUAGAGUUGCUGAUAGGCUCACAUGGAAAAGGGUGUGAUUUUACAAUAAAAGCAUGAAGCACCUACUGAGUCCAAGUAAAAAAAAACAAGGCCAGGACGUUUUAUCUUUGCUCUGGAGUCAUCGCAAGACAACAAGUUGUGCCAAAAGAUUGUGAGCACUCCUUCGAACAUGAUGCCUAUCGCCGAAGGCAUGUCCCAUAUCCUACCCAAUCACGUUUUGAGAGUGGGUCAAACUAUACGUCUGGACCCCGAAGAGGAGACGGUGACUGCGUGUUCACGUCCAAGCGAGCCCAGCAGCCGCAUCGGGGAUGUGGAUCUGGACAUUUCCCUGGAUAAUCUCAACCAGCUCAUGCUUGAACUGGAUCCGAGCUUUGAACCAAUUCAGCCCAACAAAAACCAUGCAUGCAUCAUUCCAGCUAUAGAAGGAUCCUGCUUCUCACCCACGACGUCCUCCAGUGUUCCCGCCACCAGACCGCCCAGUGUCAGCUUCAGUCCCCCGGGCACGCUGGUCUUUUCAGACUCCCACUCCUUUUCGCGGCCUCCGCUGCCGUGUGGGGGGGCACCCAAAAGAAAUUCCCCAUUGAGGCAUGACAUAUCCUGUUCCCAAGGGUCCCUUCGCUUGUCCUACCCAAAUAGGAACAGUGCAGCCUCACUUCUCUCGACAUCAACAUGUUCAGAUACCAGCUACAUCCUUGGCAGCACCCAGUCUUUGGCCAGCGAAGAUGCAGACGGUCUUGGAUCAGUCCUCUCUCUCAGUGAUGGGUGUAGGACAAGGCAGUAUAUGGCCCAAGAUGGGUCAGAGAAGCGAGGACAGGAGAUGCCAGCCAACUGCUCAAGGAGCAGUCCUGAGCAGUCACUCUCUGGGUCUUUUACUGAUAUUCCAUUGUUGCUGAUCAAUGGCGUACCACAUCAGGACAGUAAGAAAUCUUCUUCAGACAACGAAAUAGCACAGAAGCCAUUUACUUGUCACAGUUCCGAAGCCCAUUUAAAUGGGAGUCAGUCAUCAAUGAAAUUUGUUAUGGACUCUUCGAAAAUUUGGUUCCGUCCUCAUAUAAGCAGAGCAGAAGCUGAGGCCUUUGUGAAGGACAAGGAACCAGGAACAUUUGUGGUGAGGGACAGCACUACAUACAGAGGAAGUUUUGGUCUUGCCAUGAAGGUUGACCAAGCAGCAGCCAGUUCUGCAACUGCAGACAUUGGAGGAGAGGGCGGUUUGAAGUUUGUCAAACACUUCCUCAUCGAAUCAACAGCAAAGGGUGUUCGCGUUAAAGGCUCUUCUCAGGAACCGUACUUUGGAAGUCUCUCUGCUCUGGUGUACCAGCAUACUAUUUCCACUUUUGCUUUACCUUGCAAAUUACUGCUCCGCUCCCAAGGACCGAGUGGAGAAGAGAGAACAAAAGACAAAUCACCCUUCGAGAAAAAGAAAGGAACAGCCUGCAAUUUCAUCUACCUGAAUGCUGUCCCCACUGAGAUGUUGACAGGACCUUGCGCAGUGGAGAAGGCGGUCUCCCUCACCCUCCAACUGCCGUCGGGCUCCUUUGAACCCGUCAUCGUCAACCUGAAAGUGUCUUUGAAAGGCAUCACAGUGACAGACAUCAACAGGAAGCAGUUCUUCAGGCGCCAUUACCCCGCUCACCUGCUUAGUUAUGGUGGAAAUGAUCCAGAGGAUCGGAGGUGGAGAAAAGGUUUAAAUUUUGGUGCAAGGCUGUUUGGUUUUGUAGCAAAAGGUGUGGAGGCGGGCAUGGAGAAUGUUUGCCAUGUCUUUGCUGAAUAUGACCCUCUGCAGCCCUGCAGCACAGCUGUCAAUGUUAUUCAGGCUGUCGUCGCCAAAUCUUAGGUGCUCGAAUACUGAAAUACCAUCAAGCAUCGGGUUCUUCGCAUGGACUGUCUCUAUAUUUUUCAGGUAAAACUGCUCAGAGUUGAAGCAACCACCAAUAAUCUUACCUUCAAGUAACAGCUUUCAAACCAUGUGGAUGGCAAACUGGCUUGUCAUAUGCACAAUAGCUUCUAUGUCAUUGUCACGGCAAACCUCGAUUUGCCGACUUAAGCUGUCUGUAAUACUGCUGGAGCAAUCAAAACACCUUUUGUGUUUUGUUAUUUCUCGUGUGAGCUUGCGUGCAUGGUGUAAGGCUUGUAUACGCGCGCUAAAAUAAUCAGACGUGUUACGACAUCAACAUGCUCUGGGACUGUCUAGCACUUAAAUCCACUGUCUUUGCUCCUUUGGCGACCAUGUCUUUGCUGGUAACCAAUCAUUCCUGUCGAUUUCAGUCGUAGUAUUUGCCAUAGUGGUUUCGAGUACAUAAGAUUUCACUUUGCAACUGUAUGGGAAGCCCUUGGGCAGACAAUAAAACAGGCUGUGGUACUUGAAGAACCUUCAUACUACUUAGUUGUAUAAUAUUUUAAAACAAAUAUUCAAACAAUUUGCCUGGGAUAGGGAAAGUCAAAGGUACGAUCCAAGAGUCAAGAGAAAAUUCAAUUGUCAACGGUUUAGAGGUGUUGAAAUCCUUGCGCGGCAUGAUUAAUGUCGCUGUUUUUAACACAGUAUUAUUCCCAUUUAUGAAAAAGAAACAAAUCCCAUUUUGGGAAAAUCUGGGACCAAACAUCUAACCCAACCGUAAAUGUUGAGCCAAAGACUGAAUUGGAUUCAGAAAACAAACAUCGGCUAACCGUAUUUUCUGGGAGAAUGAAACUGCAUUUCGAUACAGCAACACCUCUAACAUACACAUUAACCGUAUUGGUGUAGAAUUUUUUUUUCUCUGGAGUAAACCGGCCACUACUAGUACUAAAAUACCAAAAGUAGAACUCUGGACUUAUGUUUGGACGGUUAUGUGAGACACAACAUGUAAAACACUUGAACGAUUUUUGAACGAAUGAUUUUAUUUUUUUAACACUCGCUCUCUUUUUAUGUCCUAAUAUGAGUUAGAAUGGUCACGGGCAUCCCCUCAGCCUGUCACAAGCACAUUGGCUUUAACAUGAACAUAUGCACAUAAUGUUAGUCUUCCCCAUCACCAUGAUUGAUGCUCAUCACUGGAACGGAGCAUAAAUUUCAACAAAGUACUUUAUGUGAAUUAACUUCUCCCCAUUAAAAAGUAACAAUCUGUCAAACUAUAGGGGCACAUAGAUUAAAUUUAUGGGUGCUUGCGCACCCUCAAAAAUGGGCAAGAAAGUCCUCCACACGAGACCAAUCAAAACGCAGCAUGAUCUGUCCGGAAGGCAUAUUUUGACUGAUUCAUGUAUGAAGAUACGGUGCAUCUAAGACGGGUUGCAGAUUAGAGGAACAUUUGUUUGUAACAAACAAAAAUAUAUUUUUAGACAGCUUUUAUUAAGGCAAAUGCACAAUCUUGAAAUGUAUAGGCUCCAAAUAAUCUGUGGAAUGAAACUAGCACCUUUCUUGUACAGCAUGAUGUUUUAUGGUAUUUGAUAAUCAACAUAUACAAAUCAGUGUUGCUUUGCUUCAUUAUAUCGAUUGUAUAAUAUUGUGAUGAAACAUUAGAAGGUUGAGAAGAAUAAAAUCGAAAUUGUCUGGGUCAUCUCGAAGCAAAAACAUUGCAGGGAUGCACUAUAGAUAUUUAUUGCACUGCCUUGUCAACAGUGUAUACUGUUUAUUCUUGUCUGUUUACUUUUUGUCAUGAUGAAUAAACAUGUUGAGCUUGUGUCAACGUA